AUGGAACAUGCAAGAUUCAGCUUGCAAGUCUCCCACUCAUCUAGCCAGCGAUAUUCAAUAGAGAAGCUGCAAGUCAAUCUUAACUUCCAUGAUAUGUCAUUGAGAGGCCAGGUUUGCACAGAUUUUUCAUACCCUGGCUUUCCUAUUUCAGAACGAGAUUACAUAUAUGAUAAGGUCAUUCAUUCUAGUAAGUUCAAAGUUCACUACAGUAGUAAAGAUAACCAGAACAAAAAAGGGACAGUCACAAAUACUACAACAGAUGAUAACACACAAGAAGCAAGCAAGACUAUGCAUACAAUAAUCAAACCUUUGACUGAUACACAUGUUCUUGAAGCCAACUUGAAGAGGAAGCAGCUGCUACAUGGUCAAGAGCAGUGUGACUACACCCAUACAACACAACCAGUACUUGGUGGAUUUGGUAAAUUCGUGUCGCCGUACACAGAGCGAAUAACUGGAAAAACGCUACCUGAGAACGGACAGCUCGUGGUGCAGCGUACAGAACGAGGCAUGGUGGACAGCAGGACUCGAUGAUAUGGGACCCCGGUGGAAAACUCCCUACGACAUCCGAGAAGACCCAGGUAGAAUCAACGUUCUGUGGCGGUACUAUAACGCCCUAUGAAAGAAAUUAUGUCUGUACUUGGUUUUGGACAGUAGGGAUCCGCAAUUAAUUAAUUAAUUGGGUGAUAGGUAUUCCACGUGCGCGUGAGGGACUCUGCUGUUGAAUCGUUUUAGUUAUUUUGCUUCCGAGUCCGCUUCGGAACCGCUAAAGGGGAUAUAGACAGACGAGUAAAAUUCCGCGAGGAGGGAAUAUGGUAAAGGUCAGAGUGAGCGCUGUGCUAACAUAAGGGUAAUUUGAGGUAGCUUAGAGAAAAAUAAGCUAGUCACAUAAUUAGGUGGAAUUGUAGAAAGAAAGAGAGAGGUAUGUAAAAAGUAACUUGUUUGUAAUGUAAACAGAUUAUAUAUUUGAGUUUUAACUCAAUUCUCUUGGUACAGGACACAAACAAUGUUAAGAUAGAAUAUUUUUGUAUGUAUAGGCACAGUAGUAUAACCAGCAUAGAUUAGGAGGAUUGUAAAUUAGUGUAAUUGGUAUAUUAAUUGUUUUGUAAGGAUAAAUGCCAUGCCUUUAAAACUGACACCUGUGAAAGAUUGUAUUAUUUUGUUCUUUUGAAUAAAAGAACUAUCUGAAUAGAUAGUGAAUCUCAAUAGAGGGAAAUUUCACUGAGAUUAUGUUAUGGCCAUAGUAGUUAAGUUGUUGACAGAAAUACUUUUGACUUUGUUAAUAUUUAAGUGUAUUGGUGCAGAUUAUGAAAUUGUAUGUGCAUUUGUUAUUUUGUCACUUUUAUAGAGACCCAAUCUUUGUUUCUCUAUUGACUUUGUUAUUGCACAAAGGGCAUUUUUUUUGUUUUGUUUAAGAACAUAUUUAUUUUGUUUGAAAUUUUCUGGAUGUACAUAAUUCCUUUUUCAAAGACAAAAAAGGAAAUUCGCGAUCCUGUAUAUAUCAA